GACCCUAGCGGAGAUCCGCUCUGCAGGGUUCUGGGUAGUUGGAGCCAGAGGUGUAGUCUCGCGCCACAUCCUGGCCUGUGUGACCUGCAGGAAGAUCCGUGGAUCUCCAGUGGAGCAGAAGAUGGCUGACCUGCCGGAAGACCGCCUGAGCCCUGCCGAGCCGUUCACGCACAGUGCAGUGGACCUGUUCGGCCCGUUUUACAUCAAGGAACGGCGGAGCGAGCUCAAACGAUGGGGAGUUCUGUUCACUUGCAUGGCAUCAAGGGCUGUGCAUAUUGAGACGGCCAAUUCCCUCACGACAGACUCCUUCUUGAAUGCUUUCAGGAGGUUUGUCGGUAGACGCGGCCCAGUGAGAACGCUACGCUGCGACAGGGGCACAAAUUUCGUCGGCGGGAAGAACGCGAUGGAAGAAGCUUUGAAAGAAAUGGACCACGAGAAAGUUCAAAGGGAGCUCCUGAAAGAGAACUGUGAUCUCGUCGAGAUGAAGAUGAAUGUGCCGUGCGCCAGCCACAUGGGCGGCACGUGGGAGCGGAUGAUUCGCUCCGCAAGAGCUGCACUCAGCGCUGUACUGAUCAGCCACGCCGGUCAGCUCGACGACGAGACGCUGAGAACAGUGAUGGUGGAGGCUGAAGCAAUCAUGAACAGCCGUCCCAUAUCCUCUCCCGACAUGACCCAAACUGACCUAGUAGAACCGCUAACACCUAACCAAAUACUAACUCAAAAGACUAGACGAGUACUGCCCCUCCCUGGUAGAUUCCAGUCAGCAGAUGCUUACUCUCGCCAGCGCUGGCGUAGAGUCCAGCUAGUAGCAGACCGCUUCUGGUCAAGAUGGAGGACGGAGCUCUUGUCUUCACUCCAAGAGCGCCGACGAUGGAGGUCGGCGAGGCCCAACGUUCAACCGGGCGACGUCGUGCUCCUGAUGGAGGAAUCUCCGAGAGGCAGCUGGCCUCUGGGCCGGAUCGUCGAGGCCGUGCCCGGCCGUGACGGCCUGGUGAGGAAGGUGAAGGUUCGCUCCGGAGGCCGGGACCUGGAGCGGCCUGUGCACGGCAUCGUCAGCCUGACGCGCUGAGCGGCAUGGCCGCUGAGCGGCAUGGCCGGCGCGGCAGAGACCGGGACCUGACCGUGGCGACUCUCAGCCCGGGCGCCGAGCGGGGUGAGAUGUGAUACAGACUCGGUGAAUGGAGGACUCGAGCGGCGGAUGUGGCCGUGCGAUGACGGUCCAGGGUGGUGUCUCCAUCUGCGGGUGGCCGUCGCUAUCCGACAUCUGACUGAUCGGAGCCAGUGUGCGUACCUAUUCACCGGCAGGGAGUUGUGUCAGCCGAGACACGCACUCUGACGUGCGGACUGUGGUGUUAUGAGGAGCCACGCGCUGUGAGAACGCAUUCCUAAGUGUUACGAGGAGCCACUCGUGUUGUGAAAGGUGCAUUUUGAGUGUCAUGGGGAGUCACACGUGCCGUGAGAAGUGCUCACCUAAGCGUUAUGAGAAGUCAUGAGUCAUGCGCAGUCAUAUGCGUGGCGAUAAGUGUGUGGGAGAUGCUAGAGAAGUAAAUUUUGUUUACCAAAUUUAGAGGAGCCAUGUAACCGCGAGUGUCGCGGGCCGUAUAUUUUGGUUGCCUCGUCCUCCGUCGGCGAAAGGCAUUAGCGGCGCGGUGGAGGCAAAGAGUUCGGCCGCGUGGCGGCGUCACGAACAUUCCGCAUUGUUUGGAUGAAUUGAAAGGCAGAAAGGCGCAAACGAUGUAAGCUGGUUGAAAAUUAUUAAUUUUUGCUAUGUACUGUGCAAUGUGUUAAUGGCUAACUUCAUUCUAAACGAUUGAACGACUGUUUCAUACGAUUUUCUGUUCGUUUCAGAAUUUACGGCAUAAUACAGCUAUGUCACAGAA